AUGAAGUCGUUCCUUACCCUCGCGUCGUCCCUCGUAGGGGCACAAGCCACUAUUUAUUAUGCCGGUGUAGCUGAGUCCGGUGGUGAAUUUGGAGUCUAUGGGACGAAGGGUCAGGGUCUUCCAGGCACGUUCGGCGUGGAUUAUGCCUUUAUCAAUGAGGCGGCUAUCGACACAUACGUGGACGAGAACAAGGUCAACUUGUUCCGUGUUGCGUUUCUGCUAGAACGGAUGGCUCCAGUGGAGUAUGGCCUGGGCUCCAAGUUUAAUGAAACGCACUUCGGUUACUACAAGCAAGCUAUUGAUUAUAUCACUCUAACCAAGAAUGCCUACGCCAUCCUUGACCCGCACAACUACAUGAGAUAUAACGAUCCUAGUGCCCAGCCCUAUUCUGGCAGCGUUAUUGGAAACACGACCGACCCCAAUGCCUCUACGACCGAGGACUUCGCGGCCUUCUGGGGUGAAUUGGCCUCACGAUUUGCCAACAACUCUCGUGUCAUCUUCGGUCUGAUGAACGAGCCCCAUGACAUGCCGACGACCCUGGUUCUGCAGAAUGACCAAGCUGCUGUGGAUGCCAUCCGCAAAGCCGGGGCGACGAAUCUCAUCCUUGUACCAGGCAACGCCUGGACCGGAGGCCACUCAUGGACGCAGAACUACGGCGGCGACAACUUGCCCAGCUCCGACUACAUCUACCAGAUCAAUGACACUGCAAACAACUGGGCCGUGGAUAUCCACGAAUACCUUGAUGUCGACUUCAGCGGGAGCCAUAUCGAGUGCACGCAACCCUUCGACACUAACCUCGCCCCACUAACAGCGUGGCUGAAGGAACAUAGUCUCAAGGCCAUGAUUACGGAGUUUGGAGGCUCAAACACCACAGGUUGCGCGGACAUGCUUCAGGAUGCUCUGGCGUACAUGCAAGACAACGAGGAGUACAUCGGAUGGACGGCAUGGGCUGCGGGACCAUUCUGGGGCACCUACGCACCAUGCUGCGCAAACUCCACGCAGAUCGGUAGUCUGGAGCCUGGCAGCUUGGCUGCGGAUGGCUCACCGGGCUUGUAUGAGACUGUUUGGAAGGCUGUCAUUGAGCCUCUGCUGCCAACGACUCUGCAAACCGCCGGUGCGGCAAAUAUCAAUGGCACGGCGGGCAGUGUGAAGAGAUCGAACAGGUGGUUCAGGAAGGUCAACUAA